CUCUACCUGAAAGAGCUCACCACGAUCGUGCAGAACCAGCAGAGUCUGAUCCAGACCCAAAGGCAGCGCAUAGACGAGCUGGAGAGGAAGGUGGAGGAGCUCGUCGGCGAGAACCGGCAGCUGAGGGAGCCGCUCCUCCUCCAGCAUCAGCAUCAGCAUCAGCAUCAGCACCAGCAGCCGCCGCCACCGCAGCAGCAGCAGCAGCAGCAGCAUCAGCAUCAGCAUCACCACCACCACCACCACCACCCGUCCCCGCGCACCGCCAGCCCGCAGCCGCCGCUUCUCGUGCACCCGCACCCGGCUGCCAAAGCCGCGGCCGCGCUCCCCGCGCACGGGCAGCCCGCGCCGCCGCAUCCGCAGCUGCAGCUCGUGCCCACGUCGCCGCCGUCCCCGCAAGGCGCGCAGUCGAGCCCCGAGUCGGCGGACGAGGACAAGAAGAGCCCGUGCUGCAAGUCGCUGGUCCCGCAGACACCGACGACGCUGUGCCGCUCCGUGGGACUCGCGCGGAAAGCGGAAAACCAGACGGUCCUCCAUCAGUUCUGCUGCCCUGCCCCAGAGGCUCCAGAAGGAGACAUCUCCAGCUGUUCCUCAAGAUCGAAAUGUUAGAGCAUAAAUAUGGGGGCCACCUGAUCUCGCGCCGCGCCGCCUGCAAAAUCCAGACUGCCUUCCGCCAGUACCAGCUCAGCAAGAACUUUGAGAAGAUCCGUAACUCCCUGCUGGAGAGCCGCCUGCCACGGCGGAUAUCCAUGCGUAAGGUGCGCUUGCAGAACACCGAGGGCUUCUCCGCUGAGAAGGCCCUGGUGGAGGGCUACAACUUUGUGGGCAUCCCCCUGGUGAGAUCUCCCUCCUUGCCAGUCACUGUGGGUGGCACACUGACUGACCUGGAGGACUCCUUCACCGAACAGGUGCAGUCCUUGGCCAAGUCCAUCGAUGAGGCCCUCAGCAACUGGAGCCUGAAGACCAUGUGCUCCCUGCAAGAUGGAGGCACCUAUCAGUUCACCGAGACCUUCAGCACGGGGGCAGCUGGGGUCCCAGGGACAGGUGGCAGGGAGCUGGGGGUGGACCCUGCCACCCUGCAAGAGAGCACCCAGGGGGAUGGACUUGAGAACCUGCCUCGUAGCGCCAGCAAGCUGAUGAUGGCCUUCCGUGAUGUGACAGUGCAGAUCGACAACCAGAACUUCCACAUGUCCUCCUCUGUCAUGGAGUCAACCUCCGUGGCUCUUGCCAACUGUCUACAGCAGGCUGGCGCCGAGACCCCCCAGGAGCCCCCGGAAGGGGUCCAGGAGACCCCCCAGGAAAGGGAUCUGCCGGACCCUGAGGUGAAUGAUAAUGAGUUUCCUGACCCUCCUCCGAGUGAGGAGAUGAGUGAGGAACAGCAGCUGGCUUUGGAAAAGCUGGAGGCCAUGCAAGCGGAAACAGAGGUAAAAGAUGCAAAGGAGACUGAGAAGGAGCAGGAGUCAGGGCCAGAGGUGCUGGAGGCCAAGCGCACCGAGUCAGAAACGGCCGACAACAGCUCAGAGCAGAUGAGCAGCAGCAGCACCUCCACUUCAGCGAAGUCGGCUUCCGAGGUGUCCUCCAAGGAGGCCCUGCAGGCCAUGAUUCUCAGCCUGCCCCGGUACCACUGCGAGAACCCUGCCAGCUGCAAGUCGCCCACCCUCUCCACUGACGUUAUGCGCAAGCGCCUAUACAGGAUUGGCCUCAACCUUUUCAAUGUGAACCCAGACAAAGGCAUCCAGUUCCUCAUUUCCAGAGGCUUCAUCCCCGACACACCCAUAGGUGUUGCCCACUUCCUAUUGCAGAGGAAAGGAUUGAGCAGACAGAUGAUUGGUGAAUUCCUGGGCAACAGCAAGAAGCAGUUCAACAGAGAUGUCCUGGACUGCGUAGUGGAUGAGAUGGACUUUUCUGGGAUGGAGCUAGAUGAGGCCCUGCGCAAGUUCCAGGCCCACAUCCGGGUGCAGGGCGAGGCACAGAAGGUGGAGCGGCUCAUCGAGGCCUUCAGCCAGCGGUACUGCAUGUGUAACCCUGACAUAGUUCAGCAGUUCCACAACCCAGAUACCAUCUUCAUCCUGGCCUUUGCCAUCAUCCUCCUCAACACUGACAUGUACAGCCCCAACAUCAAACCCGACCGCAAAAUGAUGCUGGAGGACUUCAUCCGAAACCUGCGAGGUGUCGAUGAUGGUGCGGACAUCCCCCGGGACAUGGUGGUCGGCAUUUAUGAGAGAAUCCAGCAAAGGGAGCUCCGCUCCAAUGAGGACCACGUCACAUACGUAACCAAGGUGGAGCAGUCCAUCGUGGGCAUGAAGACGGUGCUGUCCGUCCCUCACAGACGACUGGUGUGUUGCAGUCGACUCUUUGAAGUAGCCGAUGUGAACAAAGCCCAGAAGCAGGCAGCACACCAGAGGGAGGUGUUCCUGUUCAACGAUCUCAUUGUGAUCCUGAAGCUGUGUCCGAAGAAGAAGAGCUCUGCUACCUACACGUUCUGCAAAGCCAUGGGGCUGCUAGGGAUGCAGUUCCACCUCUUUGAAAAUGAGUACUACCCACAUGGGAUCACCAUCAUAUCACCACUGUCUGGUUCUGACAAGAAGCAGGUUCUCAACUUCUGUGCUCAGAGUGCAGAGGAGCUGCUGAAAUUUGUUGAGGACCUGAAGGAGUCUAUUGCUGAGGUGACGGAGAUGGAGCAGAUACGCAUUGAGUGGGAGCUGGAGAAGCAGCAAGGGGCCAAAACGCAUUCGGCCAAGAGCAACGGGAGCCAGCUGGAGAUCCGAGGAAAGCAGGGUUCUCCACAAGGCAAGCAGGACCUCGAUGGGAAGCCUGGGAAUAACACGGUUGAGGUGUCAAUUCACAACAGGCUUCAAACGUACCAGCUCAGUGCAUCCCGGAGCCCCGAGAGUGGAUCCCUCCCGGGCGCCCUUCUUAACCACCAGGGGGAGGUCUACUACUCGCACCUCCAGCCGGGGCCGGGAGGGGCGACUCCGGUCCACAUACCCGCCGUCGCCGAACUGCACCCGGAGACGCUCAUCCAGUGCCAGCAGAUCGUCAAGGUGAUCGUCCUGGACAAGGGCGGGCGCGGCCGCGUGGAGACCUUCCUCAGCCAGACCCCGACGCAACAGCUCAUCCAGUCGGCCAUCUCCACCCCGGUGAAGUCGACGGAAGGCGGGAAUCAGGGGACGCCCUCUAAGAACACCCCCCAGCCUCCCCUGCCCCCGCCGCCACCUCCCUACAACCACCCCCAUCAGUUCUGUCCCCCCGACCCCGUUCUGAGCAGACGGAGGUACUCCAGCGGCACACGCAGCCUCGUGUAAAUAAAGCUCCGUGAAAACCUCCACCCAUCUUUUAUAGAGAAGAUCCGAUCCAUAUAUUAUGUACAGUACAUAUGUAUAUACACCGAUUAAAAAGACUGCUAUAUUUAAGAAGAUAAAAGUACGAUACAAAAAAUGUGAAAAAGCUUUCGGUUACGUGUACCGAAAUGUGAAGUAGUUUUAAUAAAUUUCUAUAAAAAGUCAGUUUACUGUCCAGAAUAGAUAACUCUGCUGCCUUUUUUCACUCGAUCUUUCCUGAACGGAUUUAGACGUUUCCUCUGUAUGUUUCUCACAACUGACUGGCCUCUGGGGGGCGAAAGAAAAAGCAUUGAUUUUGAUUUGUUUCCCCCAGUCAACAACUAAAUGACUCUCUCCAAUGUGGUUCUUUACCCUUAAUACUUUUUUUUGGGUUCUUUUGACUGCGGUUACCUGCGACUGAUGGGGAAAAACGUACGUGCCAAAAAGAGGCUUCCUCCGCAAAAACGAACUUUGCAAUCGGAGAAUAUUAGGGCUAGAAUUCUCUUUGUGCUUCUGUGACACGUGAUUCAGUUUUUUGUUUGUCGUCCCGUUCGACUUCAGAGUCAAGUUCAAGCAAAAAAAAAAAGAAAAAAAAGUUGGGUAAGGUAAAAAAAAAAAAAAAAAAGAAAACCAGCACCUGGAAGUUUUGUAAAACUGUUCGAACUCUUUCAUGCCGCUAAUUUAUCGCAUAAAAGACGGACUUGGAAAAAAUCUUGGACCCGGUUUACGCGUCCUAGUCACAAUUAUGUCAUGUGGUGUAGUUUUCUCUGGUUCGUUUGCGACAAACAGGCUAAAGAAGGCGUCUUGGUGAAGAAAAGAUGUUGGCUUCAAGUCUGAGAAGGCCUAUUGCAAAUGUCCUCGCUCUUUAGCUCAGGAAUUUUAGGAGUAUUAGACGUGGGAGAGGAAUUUGUGUCGAUGUCCAUACGCAUCUCGGUGGAAUAUCGAACGUCACGAGGCAUUUUAACCGUCCUCCGCAGCUUCGCAAAAGCCUUCAGAAACGAUUCUGUUUAUAACGAACAAUUGUUGUGGUUACUUGUGCGGUUUUUUUUUAUCACUUUCGCAGUUAUCGGCGACCUCCACUCGUGCUUCUGUAUUUCGUAUAAUCUCGCAUCCAGAAAAACACCUGCAGGACGUGUGGUGGUUUUUAACCACGUGUUUCAUCCGGUUUAUGUGGAUCUUUCUGACGGCCUUUCCAAAUCUGAAGGAUGAUUGGAAAACAUGUUUGGAGAUACACGUGCACAAAGCGCGUACCGGUCACCCUACAAAUGUUUUUGAGAUGGAAAGUAUCUUUCGAAACCUGCUGCCACUGCUUUGGGUUUGCACUCUGUCUUCGGGAACUGCUAUUCUAAAUGUACAGAAUGUGCUCUGUGUGUGUCACCGUUUUUAUUUGCGUCUAUGUGUCACCUCUGUAAGGCGCAGAGAUUUAUAACUUCGUUCCCUUUCAUGCUGGUGUUUGUCUCCCAUGGCAAUGAAUCUGCAAUUUACUCGGCCCUUUUAACUUGAAAGCC